GAUGCUUACCGAACCAAAUAUUGAUCGUAAUUUCGUUGAAGAUUAAAUUAAAUUGCUUUAAAGAGAUAUUAAUUGUAUUAUCGAUUAAGUGAGUGAUCUUGCUAUUAUUUUAGGAUAGAAAUCUGAGGAAAUAAGGAUUGUCAAAACUUUAGGAUUUCUUUAAAGUCAAAUCAAAUCCUUCAGAGCGCAUUUAUAUUUUUGAUGCUUAUACACUUAAGAAUCUCUUAAGAGUAUUUGAAGAUCAAGUAGAAAGAAAUAGAGAAACUGCUAUUAAUAUAGUAUUAAAUUAUCUUGAUCUUCAUAAUUAACAAUUUAAUACAGAGUCUCUUAGACUAAUUAUUGAUACAGUUAUUAAUAGACUCAAUCAAUUACCAUUUGCAGAAACCAGUGAAGAAAUACGAUUAUCAUUAAUAAAAUUGUUACAUCAAAUCUAAGUGAAACAUAUUGAUGCCUAUACAAAUAAUCUAUAAAAAUUAGCACAUAUGAUAGGAAAAGCUCUUCAAGACAAUUUUCCUGAAGUUAAAAAAGUACAUUAAUAUUUAAUAUUUUAGGAUGCAGCUAUAUUUGCAGCUGAAAUAUCAAAAAAGUUACCAAUUGGAGAAUUUAUGGGAGAAGCAGUCAAAUCUCUAAAUUUUAAUAUGUAACAUGCCCAUACGAAAAUUAGAAAGGCUACAGUUGAUGUAAAAAUUCAUUAAAUAUCUUUAAGAGUAUAGCUCCAAUUCUUUUAAGUAGAACUAAUGGAACAUUCCUAGAGAUUGUAUUAAAUAAUUUAAGGAAUCUCUCAUUAGAUAAAUCAUCUGAUGUAAGAAAAGGUACUUUGAUUGCAGUUGCAGAAUUACUAAUGCACUUUUCUAUACAAAAUUUGAAUAAUUUUGAGAACAAUCUAAUCCUUAUCUUAAUGAACAGUUUAAGUGAUGAUAGUAAAGAAAUAUAAAAUUUAUCAAUGUAACUCUUAGAUUAGAUUGGAAUUAAGAGGUAAAAAUUAGAUGAAGAAGCCAAUUUAUGAU